CUAGAUCAAUGUGUUAUAGGUUUCUUCUUUUUAAAACCACGUUUCUGCUUUUCGCUUUUACUUAUUCUGUUCUGUUAUUGUUACUUUGAUCUGUGAAUUUCAAUUGUUUAUUCUUCUUUCUUGGUUGCUGAGAAAAAUGUUCAAAGACAAGAGUUGCUUUUUCCUGCUUUUUCUCUGGAAACCAAACAUGCAGAUCACUUUGUCUUAAAUAUUUGACAAAUUUUAUCAUAUAGUGUUGCUGGAUUUCUCUCGUCACCUUCUGAAUAUCUUUGUCUUGGCUACCUUGAUGGAAAUUGCAGCUUCUUCUUCUUUUUCUUUUUUUCCCUUUUAGUCCUGCAGAGGAUUUUUAAAAAAAUAUAUUAAUUAUUGUUACUGGGUUUUCCAAUUUUGUUCUUCUAGAGUAAUUUGCUUUGUUGUCUUUACCAGUUCAGUGAACAUUUCCAUGUUUUUGUACAGUUAAUUAAGGAUGAAAUAGAAUAUCUUUGGUGGAUUUCUUACGCGGUGAAUAUAGAGCAGUUGUUUUUUAUUUUAUUUUUUAAAACGAAUUUCAGUAUUUGUCUUUCAAAGAUUUUUUUCUUAAUUUGACCAGUAAUCAAUUAAAUGUGCAUUAGCAAAUCUACAGAUUUUAUUGCAAUAUAUAACUCCUGAAAUUGAUAAUUGAAAGGUCAAAUUCAGAAGGUAUGUUCUGUUGUACAACUGUAGAGAUGCAAAUCAGCAUUGUUUGAACUGUGUACAAAAUACAAAUUGAACACUGCUGCUUUGCUUUACUUUACUUUCUAUUGCAGUUCAAUCAAUGGACUGGAGUCUUUUCUUUAGCAAAUAGAAAAGGAUCAAGGAAAUGAAAGGGGAGUCAUGUGGGUUGAUCUCAGGAAUCUCAAUAGGGCUGGUGAUUGGAGUGAUAUUGGCUGUUUUGGCACUCUUCUGUUUUAGAUGUCACAGGAAACGCUCGCAGAUCGGUACCAGAAGUUCUAGGCGGGCAGCCACAAUCCCUAUCCGGGCAAAUGGUGCUGAUUCAUGUACUAAUUUAUCAGACUCAACUCUUGCCCCGGAAUCACCUGUUAAAUCUGGAUGCAAUUGCAUGUUCUCCUGCCUUGAUGCAUUUAGGAAGAGUUAUGUGGUGUCAGUGGCUGGAAUCCCCGAGUAUUCGUACAAGGAUCUGCAAAAAGCAACCGAUAAUUUCACAACACUAAUAGGACAAGGAGCAUUUGGUCCAGUUUAUAAAGCUGAAAUGUCAUCUGGUCAGACUUUUGCAGUUAAAAUGCUUGCAACUGAUUCCAAGCAAGGGGAGAAAGAGUUUCAAGCUGAGGUUAUGCUAUUGGGAAGGUUGCAUCAUAGAAACCUGGUGAAUUUGGUUGGAUUUUGUGCAGAGAAGGGCCAACAUAUGCUUAUAUACGUUUAUAUGAGUAAAGGCAGCUUAGCUUCUCAUUUGUACAGCGAAAAUCAUGAACUGUUGAGCUGGGAUUUGAGGGUUUAUAUUGCUUUAGAUGUAGCAAGGGGUUUGGAGUAUCUUCAUGAUGGGGCAGUUCCUCCUGUGAUUCACCGGGAUAUUAAAUCUUCCAACAUUCUGUUGGAUCAUUCUAUGAGAGCCAGGGUAGCAGAUUUUGGGCUUUCAAGAGAAGAAAUGGUAGACAGAAAUGCUGCUAAUAUAAGGGGAACUUUUGGAUAUCUUGAUCCUGAUUACAUAUCUACAAGGAACUUCACAAAAAAAAGCGACGUCUAUAGCUAUGGAAUGUUGCUCUUUGAACUUAUAGCUUGCAGAAAUCCUCAACAGGGUCUCAUGGAAUAUGUCGAACUCGGAGCAAUGAAUGCUGAGGGGAAAGUUGGCUGGGAGGAAAUUGUGGAUUCACGUCUAGAAGGGAAGUUUGAUGUGCGGGAGCUGAAUGAAAUUGCUGCUCUUGCGUAUAAAUGCAUCAACUCUGUACCAAAAAAACGACCUUCCAUGAGAGACAUUGUGCAAGUACUCUCACGGAUUCUCAAGUUGAAUCAAAAUAGAAGGCAUCAUGACAAAAAGUCCCUUUCUGCGACAGCAGACGAAGUUUCCAUCGAUAUGGACCAAUCGGAAACAAAGACUCCAGUGUCCCCUUCUGCCACAGCAGAUGAAGUUUCCAUUGAUAUGGACCAGCUAGAAGUUCAGACUCCAGUCUCUAACUGCCACUGGCAAGAGGAGUUUAUGGACAGUGUUGACACUUGCGAAGUUUCUAGAUGAUGGUUUAUUUUCUAAAGUUCAUUUAUUUUAUGAUAGACAGGUGAACUCAAUGGAGUUAGGAGGCAAGCUACCCAUCCUAAAUACUGAUAUCUGCCGGAGGUUGUUAGGAUUGAAGACAGUUGACUUGUAAAUCUUAUAUAACAUACAGUUCUCUUGUUUUUGUUUUAAUCUUUGCUAUUUUGUAUAAUGGAAAAUGGAAGGAAAAAAGUUACCCUUUUUCUUGUAA